AUGAGAGUCUUCAGCGAGUGUUGCGAGCCAUGCUGCCCCGGUGAAGCCGGGGUAGAACAGGCUGAUCAGCAUCUUCAGCAAGGACAACUUCCGCCUGGGAGCCGCCUUGUUUCAGGAACUAUUGCACAGCAAGGAGAACCCAGAUACCUCGAGCCUCUGGUUCAGGAGCGCAUCGUCGAAGUCCUGAAGCACGAAGUGGAGGAACGCAUCAUUGAAGUCCCUCAAGUGCAAUACGUAGACCGUAUUGUCGAGGUUCCACAGACCGUCGUGCACGAGAAGAUAACGCAUGUUUCGAAGCCUGUGAUUCAGGAACGCAUCAAGCAUGUUCCUAAGGUCGUCUACCAGGAGAAGAUCGUAGAGGUGCCUCAGGUCAAGGUUGUCGACAAGGUCGUUGAGGUCCCUCAGUACGUGUAUCAAGAGAAAAUAAUCGAAGUACCCCGUGUCGUAGUCCAGGAGAGAGUGAUACCAGUUCCUCGUAAGAUUGUAAAAGAGAAGCUAAUUGAAAUUCCUGAGGUGGAGUAUCGAGAUGUCGCGUUCGAACAGCCUCUGGAGGUUACUGAAGAGGUUAAGCAAGAGGAAGUGGUGGAGAAACCUUACACUCAAGUAGUACAGAGGCCUUUCGAAAUGGAGAAAGUCGUGGAAGUGCCUCAUAUCCAACACACCUACAGGAACGUCAUGACUCCUCAAUACAGGCAUAUUCCCAAACCAGUCGAGGUGCCGAUGACGCACUACAGGCCGAUUCCCGUGGAAAAACUUGUCGACCGUAACGUUCCCGUACCCGUUGAGCUCCAGAUAGUGCAGGAGUACCUGUGCCCAAAGAUUGAGCCUCGCUAUAAGGAAGUCCCCGUCCCAGUACAUGUCCAGCGAACUAUUGAGCAUCCAGUACCGAAAGAGGCCAUGGGAAACCCUCAGCUUCUACCACUGUACUAUCAGGGAAGCAAAGAGCAAUUCAAGGGCAGUUUCCAGCCUGGUGGUGCAUGCUACACACUCUCUUCUUGCUGCGCCCCAAGGGUUGACCAUAUCACGGAAGGCACUGCUGGAACGGUGGAGGUGCUCGCUCAAGCUGGUCUUCCACAGCAUUACAUGGGGGGACCCGGACCACUCGGAAAUAUGCAUGCAAUGGGACAUGAGCAGCACAUGCAGGCCGAAUUCGCUGCUCGUGCGCAGGAAGCGGGUCAACAGCAGCAGCAGCCACAUCAAGAGGAAAGGGCUCAGUACGGAGGUGCAGACAGAAUGACCACCAUGCAGCAAGAUAUGCGUGCAGUGACCAGCAAGCCGACAAAUCCGUAUGUCGAGGUUUCUGUCACUCCCUUAGCCGCUGGACAAAAGUCUGAAGUGAACAUUCAGUAG